AUGAAACGCGGUACAAGGGCGGGCAGUGGUUGGUUACUAUUAGCGGUGGCGUCGGCGAACGCUGAGGCGGGGCUGAAACUGGCCACACCCCCCGUUGCCGUCGUCGCAGUCGUCGUCGUCGUCGUCGUCGUUGUCUGUCAACACAUCGGACAGCCGGGAGAGUGGGCAGAAGCUGCGGAGAGAGCUGGCCGGUAUGGGAAGGUUGCCCACAGUUACACCCAAAAGAUGAACAACAGAACUACCUACAAGCAGAGAGGCGGCGAAACGUGUGGGACAAAGUGGCUGAUGCUGGUUUAUUUAUGA